AUGACCGUUCCCCAGGUCUGGCUGCCCUCACUCUUUAUCCUCAACAUCUACCUCAAGCUGUGCCACCCCUGGGCAAGCUUGGCAGUUUUGUACAACUUUGACUCUUGUUGUUCCAGGUCAGUGAAUAAUUUCCUGAUGACUGGUCCCAAGGCAUACCUGAUCUACUCCGGCAGUGUGGCAGCAGGUGCCCAGAGCGGUAUUGAAGAAUGUAAGCACCAGUUCGCGUGGGACCGCUGGAACUGCCCAGAGAGAGCACUGCAGUUGUCCACACAUAGCGGUCUGCGGAGCGCAAACCGAGAGGCUGCUUUUGUCCAUGCUAUCAGCUCAGCGGGUGUAAUGUACACACUGACCAGAAACUGCAGUCUGGGCGAUUUCGACAACUGUGGCUGCGAUGAUUCACGGAACGGGCAACCAGGAGGACAGGGCUGGCUGUGGGGAGGCUGCAGUGACAAUGUGGGCUUCGGUGAGACCAUUUCCAAACAGUUUGUCGACGCGCUGGAGACCGGCCAGGACGCCAGGGCUGCCAUGAAUCUGCACAACAAUGAAGCCGGGAGGAAGGCAGUCAAAGGCACAAUGAAGCGAACCUGUAAGUGUCACGGUGUGUCUGGCAGCUGUACGACACAGACUUGUUGGCUGCAGCUACCAGAAUUCCGAGAGGUGGGCAACUAUCUGAAGGAGAAGUAUCACAAAGCGCUGAAGAUUGACCUGCUGAAAGGGGCGGGCAACAGCGCGGCGAGCAGAGGGGCGAUCGCCGAGACCUUCAGCUCCAUCUCCAGGAAGGAGCUGGUGCACCUGGAGGAUUCACCUGAUUACUGCCUGGAGAACAAGACCCUGGGGCUGCAGGGAACAGAAGGCAGGGAGUGCGUGAGGAAGGGGAAGCUGCUGAGUAAGUGGGAGAAGAGAAGCUGCAAGAGGCUGUGUGGGGACUGUGGCCUGGCCGUGGCCGAGAGGCGAGCCCAGAUGAUGAGCAGCUGCAACUGCAAAUUCCACUGGUGCUGUGCCGUGAAGUGUGAGCAAUGCCGGAAAACCAUCACGAAAUACUUCUGUGUCAAAAAAGACAAGAGAUCCCGGAAUGACAGCGCCUCAAAGAGGAAGGAAGGGAGGCUUGGAAUGAGGCACUAA